GCGGAGCGCAGCGGAGGACGAUACCGGCGGACCAGCACGUCCUGUACACACACGUGAGGAGCAAACUUUUCACCACCGUGUUGUUUCACUCGAGGCUCGCUCCUUCUUGAAGAAAAUGUGUCCCUGCGAGGAGAAAGUUUAAGUUGUGCCGGCAAACCUGUGAGAAGAAGUGUCAUGGCCAUCCUCAUCUCUGUUUCCUGAACUCAUCUGGAGCUGAACUGCCUCCCAUCAGAGACAACUUACCUUAAAAGGGCCUGUCAUGUUCCCCGAUGCUCUUGAAGAGACGGGACGGGUGGAGGGCCUGUCCCUGUCCGCCCCGCAGACGCUGCCGGAGCUGGAGGAGGAAGCAGAGGACGAUGCGUCGGCGGAGAGGGGGCCGAAGAGACGAGGACGCUACCGCAAAAGCCUGCAGCUUUUAAAGCCCUUCAGGAUCACACAUAAGCAUCAGCACCCAGUCGAUAACGCCGGCCUCUUCUCCUUUAUGACUCUGCAAUGGCUCUCCCCGCUGGCAGUGAAGGCCUACAAGGCAUCCAGCCUGUCCAUAAAUGAUGUGUGGGGACUAUCUUGCCAUGAAGCCUCUGCAGUCAACUGCCAAAGGCUUGAGUUUUUGUGGCAUGAUGAGCUCAAAAGACGCGGGAGAGACGGGGCAUCUUUGACAAAAGUCUUCUGGAGGUUCUGCCGGACCCGGAUGCUGGUGGCCGUCUUUUCCCUCCUCCUCACGAUGGUGGCAGGCUUCGUUGGGCCCGCUCUCCUGGUCCGCGCUCUGCUGGAGUAUUCCCAGAGCGCUCAGAGCUCCGUGCCCUACGGCCUGUCUCUGGUAGCCGGGAUCUUCCUCAUGGAGCUGAUGCGCUCCUGGUCUCUGGCGCUCAUGUGGGCCGUCAACUACCGCACGGCUGCACGCUUGCGCGGGGCUGCUCUCACUUUUGCCUUCCAGAAGAUCCUCCGUUUGCGCAGCACUAAAGACAUCAGUCCAGGCGAGCUGAUUAACAUCUGCACCAGCGAUGGCCAGCGGGUCUACGAAGCGGUGUCGGUGGGCUGCCUGAUGGCGGGGGGGCCCUUGGUGGGACUACUGGGUCUUACUUACACCACAUACUUCCUGGGCCCCACUGCGCUGCUGGGAUCAGCUGUUUUCAUCAUCUUCUAUCCUGCCAUGAUGCUCGCAUCGAAGCUGACGGCAUAUUUCCGCAAGAAGUGUGUGGUGGUCACUGACCGGCGCGUGAGGCUGAUGAACGAGAUCUUGGGCUGCAUAAAGUUCAUCAAGAUGUACUGUUGGGAAGAUGCCUUUGCACAGAACAUUCACAGGGUGCGAUCAGAGGAGAGGGGGAUACUGGAGAGAGCUGGAGUGGUUCAGAGUCUCACAGUGGGGGUAGCUCCCGUCGUCGUGGUGAUAGCAAGUGUGUGCACCUUCACCCUACAUAUGGCGUUGGGCAAUGACCUGACAGCAGCUGAGGCUUUCACUGUGGUUGCUGUUUUCAACUCCAUGACAUUUGCCCUGAAAGUUACACCGCUGGCCGUGAGAUCACUGUCUGAGGGCUCUGUCGCUGUCAAGAGGUUUCAGAGGCUCUUUAUGAUGGAAGACAGAGAGAUGAUUUUGGCAAAAAUGGAGGAUCCUGUCCAUGCAGUAGAAUUUCGGACCGCCACGCUGGCCUGGGAGAAGGCGCGCACGCCGGCAACGAAGCCAAACCCGCCUUCCAAGAAGCGAGGAGGGAUGAAAAGCGUGCUUCGCAGAGAGAAGCUGAGCCUGUACAUUUCCACAGAGGACGGUAAAGGGAACAAAGAAGGCCCCAACGGACAAAGUCUCCUCACAAACAUGGAGCAGGAGAGCCCACAAAGCACCAUCUCCUCCACUCAGAGUAUAAGACCCCCUCUGCACAAAACCCUGCACCGCAUCGACCUACGCAUCAAGAGGGGUGCUCUGGUUGGAAUCUGUGGAAGUGUCGGGAGUGGAAAAAGCUCUCUUCUCUCCGCUCUUCUUGGACAGAUGACCCUGUUGGAAGGUAAAGUUGCUGCCGGUGGCGGCUUCGCUUAUGUGGCCCAACAAGCCUGGAUCCUCAACGACUCUUUGAAGGAGAACAUCCUAUUUGGAAACCAGUUUGACUCAGACAAAUACAGUGCGGUGCUGGAAGCAUGCUGUCUUCUCCCAGAUCUCGCAGAUCUUCCAUAUGGAGACAUGACAGAGAUUGGGGAGCGGGGCGCCAACCUUAGCGGAGGGCAGCGCCAGCGAGUGAGCCUGGCUCGUGCUCUCUACAGUGAGCGGCCCAUUCUCCUCCUGGAUGACCCGCUCAGCGCUGUUGAUGCUUGUGUGGGUUCCCAUAUCUUCAACAAAGUAAUUCGGGGGGCUGCAAAAGGCAAGACUGUGCUUUUUGUGACACACCAGCUGCAGUAUCUCCCCGAGUGUGAUGAUGUUAUACUGAUGAAGGAUGGCCAGAUUGCAGAACACGGCACCCAUGAGCAGCUAAUCAGUAGAGAGCGUGACUACGCCGCCCUGUUCAACAGCAUGCAACAGGAGAAUCUGGUUAAAGAGAAUUUAAAAAAUAAAUGGCAAAGGAAAGGUACGAAAAAGCCCAGCAGUCCUACGGAUGCUGGCACGGUUGUGCCAAAGGUGGAAAGCAAGGGCGGAGAACAACUGAUGAAAGCCGAAGAGAAGGGUUCUGGAGCGGUCGCCUGGGCUGUCUAUGGAGCCUACAUCAAAGCAGCAGGAGGACCUAUCAUCUUCAUCAUCAACAUCUUCCUCUUCCUCUCUACCACAGGCAGCAUAGCUUUCAGUAACUGGUGGCUGAGCCACUGGAUCAGGCAGGGCAGCGGGAACACAUCAUUGAUCUCGGUGAAUGAAACGGUGGCGAGCAACAGCAUGAGCCUCAACCCUCAUAUUCGGUACUACUCGACUGUUUACGUCAUCUCCAUGGGAGCAGCUUUGCUGCUGAAGACGGCCAGAGGCCUGGUGUUUGUGAAGUGCACGGUGAAGGCUGCCUCCACGCUCCAUGACAAGCUGUUCCGUCGGAUCCUCCUCAGCCCCAUGCACUUUUUCGAUACAACACCAUUGGGUCGUAUCCUGACCCGCUUCUCCAGGGACAUGGACGAGGUGGAUGUGCGCCUGACCAUGCAAGCUGAAAUGCUGAUGCAGAACCUGACCCUGGUUAUGUUUUGCCUGGCGAUGGUAGGCAUCGUCUUCCCCUGGUUCCUGCUCUCAGUCCUACCCAUUGGGGCUGUCCUCUGGAUUGUCAACCGUGUGUCCAGGGUUCUCAUUCGUGAGUUGAAGCGUCUGGAGAACAUCAGCCAAUCACCAUUUACCUCUCACAUCACCAGCAGUCUUCAGGGACUGUCCACCAUUCAUGCGUACGGACGAGGACACAGCUUCCUCCAGAGAUAUCAGGAACUGCUGGACACCAACCAGGCCACCAGCUACCUCUUCAGUUGUGCGAUGCGGUGGCUGGCCGUCCGCCUGGACAUCAUCAGCAUCUCUCUCAUCACUUCUGUAGCACUUCUCAUUGUCUUCAUGCACAAUCAGAUACCUGCGGCCUACGCAGGGCUGGCUAUAUCCUACGCAGUGCAGCUGACGGGCUUGUUUCAGUUUACGGUGCGGCUGCUCGCUGAGACUGAAGCUCGGUUCACAUCAGUUGAAAGGAUCAGCCAUUAUAUAAAGACUCUUGACGGUGAAGCGCCCAGACAGAGUCCAGAGGCUGCCGGCCCGGCCUCCUCCUGGCCUCAGCAGGGAAAGAUCACCUUUCAGAAUGUGAACAUGCGUUAUCGAGAUGAUCUGCCACUGGUGCUGAAGAGCCUGUCCUUCACUGUUCUGCCCGAGGAGACUAUUGGCAUUGUGGGCCGCACCGGAUCAGGGAAGUCUUCGCUAGCCGUGGCUUUGUUCAGGCUCGUGGAGCUGAGUGGAGGCUCCGUUAUUAUUGACGGGAUCGAUAUCGCACAAAUUGGCCUGGAUGAAUUGCGGAGUAAGCUAUCCAUCAUUCCUCAAGAGCCUGUACUCUUCAUUGGGACUGUCAGGAGCAAUUUGGACCCGUGGGAUCAAUACUCUGACUCACAGAUCUGGGAAGCUCUCGAGAAAACGCACAUUAAGGAAAUGGUCAGCCAGCUGCCUCAUUCCCUCCACUCAGAGGUGACAGAGAACGGGGAGAACUUCUCGGUGGGAGAACGGCAGCUCCUCUGUGUGUCCAGGGCCCUGCUGAGGAACAGCAAGAUUCUUAUAUUGGAUGAAGCAACAGCAGCCAUCGACACGGAGACAGAUCGACUCAUCCAGGAGACCAUUUGCUCUGCGUUUGGCAGCUGCACCACUCUCAUCAUUGCGCAUCGUCUCAACACGGUGAUGAAUUGCAACAGGGUCAUGGUCCUAGACAGCGGCCAGAUUGUGGAGUUUGACUCUCCUGCAUCCUUGCUGGCAGAUGAAAACUCAAGAUUCAGAGCCAUGAUAGAAGCAUCAGAAAACCAAACCAGAUGAAACAUGCCCCGGAGCUGAGAGCUGUGAGAGCUGGCAAAAUACACCGUCAAAUACAUAAACUGCAUUAAAAAAAAUGCAUAUGCAGUCAUCCCAGUCCUGCCUUUAUGUGUGUGUGUGGGGGGGGGAUAUACAUUUGUGGCUGUUCUGUCUAACUGUCUGUAUUUCAUUGCAUCCCAAACCCAGGGAGUACAUUUAUGUCGGAAUCCUGAUGUUUUCCAUCAUGCCACGGGAGUAAUUUUAUGAAGGCCAAAUAUUUAACGGUAAACGGCAGAGUUUAGACUCCGACUGUAGCACUUUAUGUCUCAUGUGGUGCUUCCUUUUCCUUUGGAAGUCAGAUAAUCAGUGAGACUCAUUAUUAUUAUUACUAUUAUUAUUGUUGUUUUUUUCAUUACAAAGACGCUACUGUGCAGGAUUUUGUUCAAAAUCAAGGAGUGUUGUUUUAUUUAUAGUAGUAUUGUUAAGUUUAGCUACAAGACAUUAUUAGCUUGGAGUGAUUUAUUCAGUACAGUUUAUCUGAAGAAAGAAAAUCACUUGUUAUCCAUUCCUAUGAGGCGUUGGCGAAUAAUGUCAGUUUUGUAUUUUUAUUUCUUACUACAGUCUAAUGCUGUUAUUUCUGUGAAUGAUUGCAGGUGGGACAUGUGCCUAGAACUGUUGACACUUUCAGGUUUUGUAAAGGACUUAGCCAUGUAAGCAUGCCUUUUUCAGGCAGAAUGCCAGUGCAGUAUUGUGUUUUGCACCAAGUUUGUGUUUCCAGAUGCUCGACUUUAUACUAUAUUGCUUCAAAUGUUUAGCAUCAAAGUGAUUCCAGUGCUGAGCAAAAUAUGCAUAAGUUGUAAUGCUGAUGUUCGAGGUGUUGUUCGGAAUAAUCUGAAGACGGCCAACAACAGGACGUUGUCUUUAAAAACUGUUUUCACACAUCUGAGGAUUGUGGACUGCUGCCUUAUAGUCGAGAUGCGCUGAACAAUCAUGAAAAGUGCAAUAUCUUCCUAUUGCUUUGAUAUACUUUCAAGAUUGCCUUGGUACGCUUGAGACUGUAAUGUUGCAAUAUUUUUUUGUUCAAAUUUUAAUAUUAAGGUUGUUUUUGUUUUGUUUUUUAAUAAAAUAUUUUUUAUAAAUGA